UUCAAAUUAAAUACUUUAUACAUAAUCCAUAGGAAAAAUUAAAAUAAAAUGGUAGCUGUCCAAAAAUCUGAUGAUGAAAAUGAGAAGCUCACCGAAGUUGACUUUGAAACCGCCAUAGACUUAUCUGGAUUUGGUUUAUUCAAUUUAAUUUGCUUGCUGGUAGCCAUUCCGGCGAAAUUUGGAGAAAUAUUCGAAACUACCACAAUGUCAUAUAUCCUUCCAAUUGCAGAAUGUGAUCUUAAAUUAACAUUAUUGAACAAAGGAGUUUUGAAUGCAAUGAGCUAUGGUGGUAUGGUUGUGUCUGCUAUGAUGUGGGGCUUUAUCGGAGAUAAAUAUGGACGAAAAAAAUUACUCAUAUUUGGUUACUUAGCUAAUAUGGUCUGUGUAUUCUGCAGCUCAUUAAGUCAAACCUUUGAGAUGCUUGCAGUAUUUAAAUUUCUUGGUGGAUUUAUAGUUAAUGGACCAGGCGCAGCUUUAUUCACAUAUAUAACCGAAGUUCAUGGUAAAAAGUAUCGUUCCCGUGUGCUUAUGGUUAUGGGCAUAAUAAUUGCAUUAUCAAAUAUUGCGAUGCCUUGUCUUUCAUUAGCCAUUUUCCCAAGAGAUUGGAACUUUGUGUUUUUUGGAAGUUUCAAUGUACAUUCGUGGCAAAUAUUUUUGGCAGUUUGCAGUUUACCGUGCCUGAUAAGUGGUCUGCUUUUUACGCUUAUGCCCGAGAGUCCAAAAUUUCUAAUGGCAAAGGGUCGAAAUGAAGAAGCCUUGAAUUUAUUACAAAAUAUUUAUCACACAAAUACAAGAAAGCCAAAAGAAACUUAUCCGGUAAAAUCUUUGGUGGAGGAGGUACCUAAUAGUGAUGAGAGCUCUAAUAGAUACAAUCCAAAUUCAAAGGACAAAGGAAUUUUACAGGCUUUGCGUGUAGGUUUCUACCAAGUGAGACCGAUGUUUCAUAAGCCAUUAUUGAGACAUUCCAUACAUGUCAACACAAUGCAGUUCUUACUAUUUUUCGGUUUGAACACAAUACGUCUUUGGUUACCACAAUUAUUUUCUUCUAUUGCGGAAUACGAAUCUUUGCAUCAGAAUACAGAUGGUUCGGCGAAUAUGUGCAAGGUCUUAGAAUUCAAUGUAAACAAAACAGCAGCGGUUUUGGAGCAUACGGGAACUUGUGAAACUACACCAGAUAUUUCAUUGGAUAUGUACAUAAAUAAUAUUAUAGUCGCAUUCGUUACUAUGACUGCUUUUCUCUUCGCGGCCGGUGUCGUAAAUCUACUAACACCCAAAAUACUAUUAUCUAUUUGUCUAACAAUAUCCGGUACUAUUGGCAUAAGUCUCUACUGGUCCUCAACUGGGCUAUCAACACUAAUUAUAGUCUGCGGUUUUAUGGGUGCGACUAGUAUCUGCACAUCAGCAUUAAUGAGCAUCGUAGUUACACUUUUCCCAACAUCCUUAAGAACCUUGGCAGUAGCAACUGCUAUGAUGUUUGGUCGUCUGGGUACAUUUUGUGGAAAUAUGCUGUUUCCUGUUCUUGUUCAAUUAGGAUGUUAUCCACCAUUUCUGGCAAUUGGAUGCGUUCUUUAUUGUGCGUAUAUCAUUGUUAAUAUACAAUUUAAUAGUUUUUAUAAUUUUAACUUAAAAUAGGUGCUACAGUUCUAUCGUGUCUACUACCAAGCUCCAAGAAGACUGUUUUUAUUUAGAGAACAAACAUAUAUUAUAGA